CUAGAUAGUCACUUGGCGCGCGGAUCAACUUUCCCUUUAACCUUAAAAAAGGUAAAAUGAGAGAGAGAAUGGCAGAAAAGUAAUGUUAGAGAGAGUGAGUUGGCUCCCAUGGGAUCUUCCACCUAUGGAGACAUAAUCACUCAUACAGAGAGAGAUUGUAUAGAUUAGAUGGAUUUAGCCAGAUAAUCAUUGCCCACACCGCUGCUUGAUAUAUUCAUCAUCAAAGUCCUCUAUGGACCUUCACAACAAGUUCAUUCCACGGACAAUCAGCAGCGAGUCCGGCCGCAUAGUUAAGUUCGAGAGAUUCUCCUCUUAUAUUGCAAGGCAAAUAGGAAUUGAGGAUGUAAAUGAUUGUCCACAGUUAUGCAAAUUAGCAGAUGAGUAUUUGAAGAAAUCAAAACAAACAGAACAAAGUAUAUAUGAGUAUUUUGUCAAUGAAAAAGAAGCUAGAGAACACCUAUAUAUUAAGCUGAUAGAAGAGUUCGAUAGAUGCAUCCUCUCUUAUUUUGCAUUCAAUUGGAGUCAAGCUUCAUACAUCAUCAAUCAGGUCUUAAUGGUAGAUUCUCAACAGAAGAAGUUGAAGGAUUUGAUAUUGGCAGCAACCAGGAAACAGAGAUUUGAUAAGGUGUCAAAAGAACUGAAAAUGACUAGGAUAUUUUCUACUCUCUUGGAGGAGAUGAAGGCUAUUGGAUCUAUUGGUGGUGAUGAAAAGUGUACAAAUGUAAUGGUACCAGCUGCUCACAACCAGAGGAGCCCAGUGCUCCUUCUUAUUGGAGGUGGUAUGGGAGCAGGCAAAAGCACAGUCCUUAAAGACAUACUUAACGAACCAUUUUGGUCUGGGGUGGCCAAUACGUUAGUAGUGGUUGAAGCAGACGCAUUCAAACAGAAGGAUGUCAUUUUUCAAGCCCUGAAGGGUCAUCAUAAUGAUAUGCUUCACACUUCUGAAUUGGUGCACCAGUCCUCCACAGAUGCAGCAUCGUCCCUACUCGUCACUGCCCUCAACGAAGGUCGUGACGUGAUUAUGGACAGCACUCUUUCAUGGGAACCAUUUGUUUAUCAGACAAUCGACAUGGUCCGAAAUGUUCAUAAAUGUCGAUAUCGCAUGGGAGUUGGUUACAAGGUCGAAGAAGACAACACCCUUACAGAGAAUUACUGGGAAGUAGAGGCAGCAAUAGAACUAAGAGAAGAUGAGCCGAGGAGGAAGCCAUAUAGAAUCGAGCUUGUUGGGGUUAUUUGUGACGUGCAUCUCGCAGUUGUUCGAGGAAUAAGGAGAGCAAUAUACAGUAGAAGAGCAGUUAGGGUCCAAUCACAGCUGAUUUCACACAAAAGGUUUGCCUCGGCUUUUAAGGGAUAUUGUAAUCUAGUUGACAAUGCUAGACUUUAUUUGACCAAUUCCAUGGUUGAUCCUCCAAAUCUGAUAGCAUGGAAAGAAGGAAAUGGAAAGCUAUUGGUUGAACCAGAGGAGAUUAAAUACUUGAAUUUGGUUGCUGUUAUGAAUCAAGAUGCAGACUCCAUUGAUGAGCUUUAUCAAGAGGAAAACACAAUAAUGGAAGAACACAGUUCUAUCUGGAAAAAUAUUGUGCUACUGCCUUUAAGAGAUACCUUGCAGCUUGAGCUCAAGUUGGCCAUUCAGAAGAUUGAGGCUAAUUCUCUUAAUAGAAAAUAGACAGUAUUUAUAUCACCUCACUAUGUUUGGAAACACUUAAUUUAUAUAUAUACUAUUUUAUUUUUAUGUAUAUAUCUAUGAUUACUCUAUUUUGACCUAUAUUUUUCUUAUAUUGGUAGACCCAUAACAAAAUAACAAUAUUUUUAAUACACUAUUCUCAUCCUAAACGUGCAAUAUAUUUAAA